AUUUUAUACAUGUGAUCACUCCCUAGUGGUCUGAUCACCUACGUCAAUGUAUGUAUGCAUCAAUAAGCUGAGGUUACCUUAUAAGGCAACCUAGUACAGUAGCUUCUCUGAAUUUCUUAGAAUUGUCCUCUGUCACACAAGAUCAAAAUGUCAACCAGUCAGUGGUUACUUUUUAUCUAGUUUCGGUGACUCAGACCAACCUGCAAACCCACUCUCACAACAGCCAGGGCUUAACCACAAAGACAUAUAGAUCGCUUGUGCAACAUAUUGUGGCAGAGUUUUUAGACACAUAGCAACAGUAUAUUAUUAUAAGGCCUGCAGCAAAACAUCUGAAUCUUAAGGUCCCCUUAAUAAUGGGGAGGGUCUUUGGGACCCACCCCCUACAAGCAGGCCGCCCCCUGCUUCAAAGCGGGUGAAGAACUUGUUUAAUAAUUGACUGUAGAGAGGCACACCCUCAUCUGGGCAGGGAUAAAUACGCUGCCUCGCUUUGAAGGAGGCAUUUGCCAUAUUCUUAAAGCUCAUCCAGGCACUCUCCCUGUGACAUCUGUUGCACCUUGUCCUUGUACUGGAGUCUACUGGAGUCUCCCUGUAACAUUAUCUGUCGCACCUUAUCCUUGUACAGUCAUCUCACCUUUUUUAUCUAUUUUUUUCACCUCUGUACCUUUUCUCUUGUGUGGAUUUCCUGAGGCAAACACUUGAUUUUUCUUGUUAAUAAGCACCAACAAUUAGUUCACUGCUCAAUGCAAAUGCACAAAGACUGAUCUCUGUCUAAACUUCAAAUUCCAAAGUGUCAAGUCAACAUAAGUCUGCACAAGCACUUCAAUUCCACCACUCAAAUGACAGCCCAGUCUUCAAAGACAGUGCUGUCCCUGGACUCUGAGGAGGUGUUCUCACUCAAAGAUGGCAUCAACUUUAAGGAGAGCCCAGAUGAUGGCAAGUGCUACAUCAUAUACAAAGAAAAUGGGGAGCUGAAGGCCUGCAAGAACCAAUGCAAACACCAAGGAGGCCUGUUCAUCAAAGACAUAGAGGACUUAGAUGGAAGGACGGUCCGAUGUACAAAACACUACUGGAAGCUGAACGUCUCAACUAUGCAGUAUGUGAACCCUCCUGACAGCUUCACACAGGAUGAGCUGGACGUCGUGAUGACAGACGAGGGUGGUCUUCAGCUCGUGGAGGUGAUCGUCUGGGACCCCUGGUUGGCAGACCCCCAGGAUCCACAGGAACUGCAGGAGGGAGAGGUGACUGUGACCUACCUCACCCAUGCAUGUAUGGAGCUCCAGUUAGGGGGGAAGAAGAUGAUAUUCGACCCCUGGCUGACUGGUCCGGCCUUCGCCAGAUAGAAGAGGGGCUGGUGGCUGCUCCAUGAGCCCCCUGCUGACUCCAUGGAGAGGCUGUGCAUGGCCGACCUCAUCUACAUCAGCCACAUGCACUCCGACCACCUCAGCUACCCAACCUUAAAAUCCCUCUCUGCGACGAGACCCGAUGUUCCUAUUUAUGUUGGCGACACAUCAAGGCCAGUGUUCUGGAUGCUGGAGAAAAAGCAGGUGCAGCUGACAAAUAUCAACGUCGUUCCCUUUGGCAUUUGGCAAAACAUUGAUGAGCACCUCAGAUUCAUGAUUCUGAAGGAUGAAGUGCACCCUGAAUUGGACACCUGUAUCAUUGUUGAAUAUAAAGGUCAUAUGAUCCUCAACACGGUGGACUGCACCAGGCCAAACUACGGCCGACUGCCCCACAAUGUAGACCUGAUGAUGAGCGACUUUGCUGGAGGGGCGUCUGGCUUCCCCAUGACCUUCAGUGGAGGAAAAUACACAGAGAGCUGGAAAGCCGAUUUCAUCAAGAAUGAAAGGAAGAAGCUCAUGAACUACAAGGCCCAGCUGGUAAAAUCCUUGCAGCCCAAGAUCUACUGCCCGUUUGCCGGUUACUUUGUCGAAGCACAUCCCUCAGACAGGUACAUUAAGGAAACGAACAGGAAAAACAAAGCGGAGGAGCUCAAUGCCCUGAUCAAGAAGAGCGCUCCAGGCAUAACAACAUGGACACCCAAGCCAGGCGCUGUGCUCGAUCUGGCCCUGGCUCUGAUGAGCCCCAGCCGGAAAGCCAUCACCGACCCUCCAUCCGGGACAAACAUCUAUAAGGACAGUUGGGACUUUGAUUUGUACGUGGAUGAACUGAACAGGGCCAUCACCGCUGAGAUGUUUAACCAUAAAAGCUGGAUCCAAUUUUAUUACAUCUGGGCAGGGUUUAAAAACUACAAUCUAGUUGUCCGGGUCAUAGAGACAGAUGAGGACUUCAUUCCGAUAGACAAUGGCUACAACUAUCUGGUGGACUUCAUGGAUCUGUCCUUCCCUACUCAGAGGCCCACUAGAGAGCACCCUUAUGAGGAGAUCAAGAACAGGAUCGGAGUCAUGAGGCACGUGGUGAAGAAUGGCCUUCUUUGGGACGACCUGUAUAUCGGCUUCCAGAACCGUCUGAGCAGAGAGCCAGACGUCUACCACCACCGGUUCUGGAACCACUUCCAGACAGAGUUGCCAGUCACUGGGCCGGACUGGGACUUGUUCCUGCAGCAGGUGCCAUCAUACCAGAGGUCUGCUGAACCCCAGGGAAUCCAAACAGAAAGUGGCUCUGCUUCUACAUUGUCUUUGAAAAAAGCAGACUGUACUGUCUCAUGAGAACCAAGCUUUGUGCCUGUAUCUAGUAAUGAAUAAGAAGAGCUGCUCUCCCUGUCACUGUAGGCACCACCAACCUCCGUGUGCAACUGAAACAGGGAAAAAGGGACAUGGCUGACAAGAUUUAAUUUCUAAAUUGGUUCAAAUAAUAGCUUCAUUUAGGGUUCAUUUUCGAAUUGUUUUUUUCAUGUAAUGGUGAAAUCAAUUAACAUAGCAUCUAUUGUUGCUUGGCAGGUCUGUAUGUAGGGGACUAGUAACAAAAAGUAGGAAAAUAUAUGCACUCACUACUAUGUCGCUCUGGUAAGAGCAUCUGCUAAAUUACUAACAUGUAGAAUAUGAAUCAACUUUAUCAUUGAUUAUCAUGUGUAUUAUUGAUUAUAUGAUUUUGGACGUGUGCUGACAAUGCAUUUGUUCAUUGAACACAAUUUGUUUUUUUUUUUUUUUUUCCCAUAAAAAAUAAAAUAGGUUAGGGUUAAGGGUUUGGUUAAUGUUAGGGUUAGGUUAAUGUUAGGUGAUUAGUUAAAGCUCAAAAACCAAACCUAUUAAUCAUUAGUUAUAAAGAGACAUGAGGGAAGCCAUAAUGAAGCUUUGGAAGGGUUGAGUGGAGGGAAAACGGUCACGUGGCAGUACUGAUAAGGGGAGGAACCGUUUAUGGCCCAUUUCACUAGCAAUAAUGAUGUAAUGUUUAGCGAUAAAGAGGAGACUCCACCCAAAAUGGGAUAUGUAUACCACCACAGCUGAAACCAUGUUGUUGUCGAAUGCCAUCUAUACUGACUUUCUGGUGAGGCCUGAUCAAUCUCACUAGAAAUGAUUGAAACAGGUGGGAUUUAAUUAUAAAAUGAAUGAGAAACACCAGUCUCUAUUCUAAUUUUGCCGAUACUUUAUGAGAUACAAUUAUUUACUUAUGGAGUUAUCAAGAGUUGCAACUCUAAGUUGAUUGGUUAUUCAAAUUGGUUUAUUUUAAUUUUAACAUGUUGUAUUUUGAAUCCCGAUACGAAUCAUGUGUUCGAAAAUAAAAAUUACAAGUUC